CUCCUCUUUUUUCUUUUCUUUUUGUGUGGCGCGCGGCAUUUCCAGGUACGAUUGCUCACGCCGCCUCGGUUUCCCUCUGGCAAUCCUCGCGGCCACGCGCAUCGAUCGAUCGCUCGCCACAGCAGCAGCAGCGGCGGCGGCGGCGGCGGCGGCGGCGGCGCCCGGAAUCUCCCCCCUCCCGACGAGGUAUUUGGUCCCGCGCAGCACAGCUACAUGCCAAGCAGCAGCGGCAGCGAUGGCAGCUGGUAUCUCACCCACGGUCGGAGUUUUAGAUGGAGAAUGCAGGGCUGGCACUUCGACCUCCAAGUCGAUUUCCAAUGGAAGCACUCUCUCGGUGGAUGAUGCCGGCGUUGUUGCCUCUCCUGACCAAGAAGAGGUUGUUUCCAAUCCAGGCUCCUCCACUCCUUCCCUGGUGGACGAGAAGAUCACCGAAGCUCUUGUGGAGGAAUUCCUCCCGUUUAUUCGCUCGGGUGGCUGGGCCGACAUUGGGCUCCGCAAUCACAUGGAAGAUGCCCACGUCCGAAUCGACGAUCUUGUCAAGCAUCUCGGUGAGCUUGUCAUUGGCGAGAGCACUGGUUCCUUCUACGGGGUGUUUGAUGGCCAUCUUGGAAAAGAUGCCGCGCAGUUCGUGAGAGAAAACCUUCUCAAGUUCAUCGUGGAAGACACGGCGUUUCCCGCGGCACUGGAGGAGGCAGUGAAGCGAGCAUUUUUGCGGACCGACAGAGCUUUCGCUCAGGCCUGCCAGAUUGAUAGCGAGCUUGCAUCCGGGACCACUGCUCUCACCGUGCUCAUCUUUGGGAGGACCUUGUUAGUGGCUAAUGUAGGAGAUUGUCGUGCAGUUCUCUGUAGACGCGGCAGAGCUGUGCCAAUGUCAAGAGACCACAAGCCGUCGUGUGUGGAGGAAAAAUCUCGCAUUGAGUCACUGGGAGGCUUCGUCGACGAUGGCUACCUCAAUGGACAGCUCUCAGUGGCCAGAGCUCUGGGCGACUGGCACCUCGAAGGGCUCAAAGCCGACGACGACGAUGGUGGCUCCUCCAGCGGGCCUCUGAGCGGCGAGCCAGAGAUGCGGCAGGCCGAGCUCACCGAGGACGACGAGUUUCUCAUCAUCGGCUGUGAUGGUCUCUGGGACGCAUUCUCGAGCCAGGACGCCGUCACCUUUGCCCGCAGGAGGCUCCAGCAGCACAACGAUCCGGAGAAGUGCUCCAAGGACUUGAUCGUCGAGGCUCUCAAGCGGGACACCUCGGACAAUCUCACGGUGGUGACCGUGUGCUUCCGCAGGGAUCCGCCACCCAGCCUUCGGAUCAUCAAGCCUCCCGUGAGAACUAUUUCCAACGAAGGCCUUCGUAACCUCCAGGAACUUCUCAAUAGCUUGUAAUAUUGUCUAUAGACUCGUCACUAUUUCGUAAGUCCAUAUUGCCGAAGUAAAGGAUCAACAGAUGGUUCUCUGCCCCGGAAUGCUUUGAAAA